AUGGCUGAUGGUGGGAAAGAGGACUGGGAAGGCUUGAAGGAGGAAGAGGGGCACAUUGGCCGUGAGGAUCUCCAGAAAAUGAUCAGGUUUAUGGAAACAUCUGGCUACCGUGUGCUUCCACCAAGUUCAACACCUCACCGGGUGGCAAGUCAUUCCUUUUCUUCUUCACCUAGUACACAUUAUGUGCAGCCACCUCGUAUUUCAACAUUUUCUGGCAGUGAUGCUAAGGGGGAAUCAUCCUUCGAGAGUUGGGUUUUUGAGGUCAAAUGCUUGCUUAGAGAUAGAGAUUAUCCCACUUCCAUCCUAACUCAGGCUGUUCGGAAAUCUCUUAAAGGGGAGGCUGGAAAAGUUGUUCUCUUACUUGGAGAAUCUGCCUCAGUUGAGGAAAUCUUGGCUAAACUGGAUAGCAUAUAUGGUGUCGUUAGUUCAGCUGAUACACUUCUUCAGGAUUUUUUCACUGAUUGUCAGAAGGAUAGUGAGUCCGUGGCAACGUGGGCUUGUAGGCUUGAGGACACAUUGAUGAAAGUUAAGAUGAAGGGCGACUUCAUAAAUGAAGGAUCCGGGGAUUGCAUUCUAAAGACAAAGUUUUGGAGUGGUUUAAAAAAUGACAGGCUUAAGGAUGCCACACGUCACAAAUUUGAUGAUUGUACAGAUUUUGAUUCUCUGCUUCGUGUUGUUCGAGAAACAGAACAAGAGCUCACUGGGUCUAAUAGGGUUAAGGACUCUAAACAGAAGAAGCCUCAAGUUCAUUCUCAGGUUGUUGAUGCAGAUAUAUCUCAAUACUUGAAGGAUAUUAUCAAGAGAUUAGAGAACUUAGAGAAAAACCAGAUAAGUUCAAAUCAACAUAAAUCAUCAAAAUUGGAGAAGGAUGUUGGGGAGAUUGUAACUAGAUUAACAAAACUUGAGUCCAAAGUUGGACAAGUUACUCAAUCUGGUAGUAACUCUGGAAAUUCUAGUUCACGUUGUAGUGGCCAGGGUCGUGGUAGAGGUAUGGUCAGUAACCGGGCUUUAAACCAGUCUUGA